AAAAGGAAUUACUAAUUUGGUGUGUUUGAUUGUGCGAUGAUUGAUAAGACAAACAUUCAUUACGCAACUCCAAAAUGGCGUCGGUGAUAGCCUCCAAUAUUUAAAUAUCCCUCGAAUUCAGCCCCUUCAUUGUCAUCCAACAUCCCCCCUCCCCCCUUUCCACCAUCCAGGUUCUGCGCACAGAAUGAUCAAGACUGAUGGCAAUGUCUUGCCCUCUGAGAAGACGGUCUCCCUCCUCAAUCCGGUCUUAAGUAGUCCCGAUGACUCUAUUCCCGAGACUGGGGAAUUGAAGCAUCUCGAGGCCCAGAUUCGCCGAAAGACAGACUUGCGGCUAUGUACAAUUGCCGGAGUCCUAUGCAGUCUCAAUUUGCUUGAUUCGGGGAUCCUCUCGUCAGCGUCCGUGACGACAAUGCUGAGUGAUCUCGACCUCCAGGGAACCCGGUACUCGCUGUCCAUCUUCAUCUUCACUGUUACCAGCGUUGUUUUCCAGCUUCCCUGUACUGUUGCAGUACGCUUGGUUGGUCCUCGUAUCUGGUUUGCGACGAUCACAUUCUGCUUCGGCGUGAUUACGCUUUGCACGGCGUUUGUUCAAACCUGGCGACAAAUGAUCGUUAUGCGGGUGUUGCUGGGCAUGGCCAUGUCUGGGAUCUACCCUGGUCUGACUUAUCUUGUCAGCACUUGGUACACUAGACGCGAGCAGCAGCUGCGCUUUGCAUUCCUUCAGUCCGGAGAGGUUGCUGGGCUUGCGACAGGCUACAUUGUCAACUAUGGCCUGAACCAACUGCACGGAAAGGCGGGGAUGGAGGGUUGGCGCUGGAUGUACCUGGUCCAGGGCCUUGUCACCUCUGUCAUAGGGGUCGUCACGUACUGGUGGAUGAUUGAUUUCCCUGAGAAUGCGCAGAGGAGCUUCUACUUCCUUUCCGACGUAGAAGCCAAGAUCGCUACGCAGCGCAUCCAGGCUGAUCGCGGAGACGUUGCUCUCGACCCAUUCACCUGGAGCAAAGUCCUUGUCAAUUUCACAGAUCCUAAACUCUACGGCUUUGCGUGCAUGUUCUUCCUCUUGAAUCUAGUAUCAACCGCACUAAACUACUUCCUCCCUAUGAUUCUAGUAUCCGGAAUGGGCUUCUCGGGUAACGAGUCCAUCCUGCUAUCAACACCGCCAUACUACUGGUCCAUUAUCCCCGUACUUUUCACCUCACUAAUAGGAGAUACAUACCAACUCCGCGGCCCCCUCAUCACAUUCAACGCCUUAUGUCUCAUCGUGGGGUUCCUGAUGUUCGGCCUUCCGGCCUCAACCCAAGUAACUGUCCGAUACAUCGGCACCUUCCUAGCAACAGGCGCAUACGUCUCGAACUGGGCAGCCCUGAACGCAUUCAUGGCGAACAACGUCGUCGGCCAAUGGAAGCGCGCCACCACCGCGGCAGCCGUAUCCGCAUGUAACGGCCUCGGUGGAAUCGCAGGAAGUUAUAUCGUGCGUCAGCACGAGGCACCGGAGUAUCCAACUGCUGUCUGGGUUUCCAUAGGAUCACAUCUCCUCAUGAUUGCAAUCGUGGGACUAUUCACCAUAGGCUUUUAUACCCACAAUCGCCAACAAAGGGGUGGCAAAGUGCUCCAGAACACUGUUGGCUUCCGAUAUACCUACUGAGUGAGUAAUUGCCAUUAUGCGGGAUUCAAUUUUCACAACCUGUAAAAGAAAAAUUACAUACACACUAUUAUAUUAUAUUUCAUUCUG